GCCAAAAAAGCGUACAGCGCUUGUCAAAACCCGCGCACUGUCGUCGUCGAAACCAUCUCGCAUUUGCUUCGAUUGACCUCGACCUCGCAAGGAUGGGUCUUCUCACCGACUGCGAGGAACUGUUCGGCACCUCUGACUUGUACAAACUUUUCGGCGUGCCCCGAGACGCCUCCGAAGGCGCCGUCAAGAAGGCGUACAGGCGUCUUUCGCUUCUAGUCCACCCCGACCGUGCCGACGAAGCCCAGAAGGAGGCGGCCACCCGAAAAUUUCAGGUCCUCUCCAAGGCUCACCUGGUGCUGGCCGAUGCCGACAAGCGGGCCGCCUACGACGACACCGGUUGCGUCGACGAGGAUGACGACUUGGACGGCGACCGCGACUGGACCUCUUAUUGGCGCUGCCUUUUCCCCAAGAUCACCGUGGCUGACGUCGAAAAGUACCUCGCCAAGUACCGGGGCUCUGACGAAGAGCUGGCUGACCUGAAGGCCUGCUACGAGCGCUUCGAGGGCGACUUCGACGCCAUCAGCGAACACCUCAUCGGCUUCGAGAUGGAAGAGGAGGACCGCUACCGCGCCAUCCUAAACAAGCUCAUAAAGGACGGCGAGGUGAAGGCGUACCCCAAGUUCACCAGGGAGACCAAGAAGUCCCGCAACUCACGCAAGAAACGGUACCUCAAGGAAGCCGAGGAAGCCCAGAGCAUGAAGAUGGAGCUCGGUUUGGAUGACAGCGGGGAAUCGCUGGCAAACGCCAUCGCCAAGCGGCAGCAGUCGAGGGAGGCCGACUUUGGAAAUCUAAUCGCGAACCUUGAAGCUAAGUACUGCAAGCCCAAGAAGAAGAAAGUGACCAAGUGAUCAGCUUGCUCCUUCAUGCCCCGUGUGGUGUUGAGACUUAUGACAGGGGCGCAA